CGGAGCCAGCCCAAUGAGAGCCUCCGGGAGGCGGGCCGGGCGGCCACCGGCCUGGAGGAGGCUUCGGGUGGCUGCAGAGGAUCCGGGCCGUCCAGCGCUCCGUCGGGCGAGCGGUGAUGAGUGGGACUCUGCGCCGCGCGGCGGCGGCUCUGCUCCGCUGGGGGCCCGGCGCGGGAGGCGUCGGCCUGCGGGGUGCGGGCGUGCGGGCGGCGGGCGCGGGCACGGGCGCGGGCGGCGGCGGCCAGGCGGAGCAGCUGGACGCGCUGGUGAAGAAGGACAAGGUGGUGGUCUUCCUCAAGGGGACUCCGGAGCAGCCCCAGUGCGGCUUCAGCAACGCCGUCGUGCAGAUCCUGCGGCUGCACGGCGUCCGCGACUACGCGGCCUACAACGUGCUGGACGACCCUGAGCUCCGGCAAGAUACAGAGUGGCUGAGGAUGUGCUUCUGCAGGCAUCAAAGACUACUCCAACUGGCCCACCAUCCCGCAGGUGUACCUCAACGGCGAGUUCGUGGGGGGCUGUGACAUCCUUCUGCAGAUGCACCAGAAUGGGGACCUGGUGGAGGAACUGAAAAAGCUGGGGAUUCGCUCCGCGCUCUUAGAUGAAAAGAAAGACGAAGACUCAAAGUGACCGCUGCUGGGGCCUUGUUGCAGAGACGCUGCGCUGCCGGAAAAGCCUUACCCCGCUGUCCCUGCGGGGCUGCUCGCGCUGGUUCUCCUGCUGCUGGGAAGCCUGCGGGUGAUUUGUUUGUCUGGGUUUGGGCUGAGAGUAUCCUAUUGUGAACUUCAUGACAACCACUGCACUGUAACAAUUCAUGUCGUAUUAUGAUAUUGCUGUCACAGAAUUUGCUCCUAUAUUGUCUUUUAUUCUUUGCCUGACUCGGGAGUCGUUUGUUUCUAGCUGCAAAGAUUUUAUCCCCUCUACUUUUUUGUAACUUCUAUUAAGGGGAAAUGAUGGACAGAGAAGAAAAUAUGAUAGUUGUUUUUUUAAAAUAAACUGCCGAUUCAGAUACCA